AUGUAUUCACCAUGGACAACAUCAAUGCCUUGUUUAUUUUCAAAUAAUAAUAAUAAUAAUAAUCUUAAUUAUAGAAAUUAUCAACAAGAACAACGAUUGAAUUCAUCAUAUAAUAGUAAUGAUUGUUUAACCAGUUCAUUGAAUAAGCUUGAUUUAUCAAAUCCAUUUAAUAUUGUUGCAACGAUAUCACCAAUGUCAUCAGUUUGGUCACUAGAUAAUCUCAAUUAUCAUCAUUGCCACAUUAAUGAACAACAACAAAAACAAGAAUUAAAAAAUAAUUAUUUUGAACCAUUACCUUUUAUUGAUACAGAAAAUCAAUUAAAACAAAAUAAUUAUCCACAAUUAUCUCAAAAACAUGCUAUUAUCAAACAAAUGAUUGCUCGAAAAACUAAACAACAACAACAACAACAACAACAACAACAACAACAAUUUUAUUAUUCUCGCUCUCAUUACAAGAGUUGUGAUAAUCUAUUUUCUUCAACAUCUGAUCGACAAAAACGACAAAUAUGUAGCUUUUGUAAAACAAAUGGUGAAUCAGCUAGUGUUUAUACUUCGCAUGCUUUACGUAAUAUUGAUAAUGAAAUCGAAUGUCCUAUUCUUAUGGCAUAUGUUUGUCCAAAAUGUGGUGCUACUGGUAAAUCAGCUCAUACAAUAAAAUAUUGUAUAGCUUUAUCUGAAGGUGAACGUGUUGCAUUGCCAACAGUUAAAUUAUUUAAAGAAGGUCGAUCUUCUUCAGGCAAUAUGAAUUUAUUUAAAAAGUAA